UUCGGAUUCAUCCUUGCUGGUGAUAAAGCUCCGGUUUACACUUUAUUCCUGGCGUCAUUUUUUUUAAUUGUUUUUUUUUUUUUAAUACUUUAUUCUUUGUCCUUAUUAUUUAUUAUAUUUAUUUAUACUUUGUUUCCUGCUUCCUUUCUUCAUGACUGUCUUGAAGCGUCCCAAACUCUAAUACUCUUUCCCUCCCUUCACUUUCCUGUCACCUUGACCUCUUGAACGCGACCCUCCCAAGUCUGUGCUGCUUUCUACGCGUCGCGCUGCAGUGCAUAAUAAUAAUACUACCUAACUAGCGACGGGCUGUCCAAGCGCCAUGACUUCCAGACUCGACCGUCUGGUCACACUGCUGGAGACAGGGAGCACACCGGUCAUCAGGAACACAGCCGCACAGCAGCUGGCGGAUGUCCAGAAGCAGCAUCCAGACGAGCUCUUCAACCUCCUCGGCCGUAUUCUCCCGUAUCUCAGAUCAAAAUCAUGGGAUACCAGGACAGCGGCUGCCAAAGCCAUCGGUCUUAUCGUUACUAACGCAGAAGUCUACAAUCCCAACAGUGAGGACGGCCAAGGCAUCAAGAAACCAGAAGAUGAAGAAGAAGAAGAAGAACGAAAUGGACAUGUCAAGAUCAAGUCUGAGGGAGAUCAGUCCCUCACAUCCGACAGUCUGCUGAGUCUAGACUCCCUCGAUAUCACGUCUAUCUUGAAGUAUGGUAAGAGGCUACUCGGCAGCGGUGGCAAGGAAUACGAGUAUUCCCUUGCUGGCAUGGAUCCCGCGACAAGGUUGCAGCAUCAGAAGAAAACAUUGACCGCUCGCUUGGGUCUUGCCGGGGAGUACAUCGAGGAUGACUUAAUCGAUGAUAGUGACCUGAUCUCAAAACCAACGUUAAAGCACGAACCAUCUGCCCCGUUGAGUCGGCAAAGUAGUGUAAAAGCUGCCGAGUCGCCCGUCGAACAUACGAACGGAGAGGAAGCGGGUCUAAGUAAGCGACAGCUGAAUCAACUCAAGCGGAAAAAUAAACAGAACGCCAGGGUCGGUGCCAACAAAGUCCAUGUUGUUGAUCUGUCUUCUCGACGGACCUCAGAAGCUGUAUCAACACCGACAGCCGCUACCCCGUACCCCAUCAAAACCGAGAAUGGCAAUGGUGACGUGAAACAAGAUUACUUCUCUCUUGAUCGAGCUGGCGGAGACGAUGAAUCGAAGCUCGUCACUGAGUUCAAAGGCCCUGCUGCCCCAGAAAACCCCAUCAUUGAACCGGAUGUCGAGGAAAAGGGCUUGGAAUGGCCCUUUGAGCACAUGUGCGAAAUUCUCACAGUUGACCUUUUUGAUCCGAACUGGGAAGUCCGUCAUGGAGCGGCAAUGGCGUUGAGGGAGGUGAUUCGUGUCCAAGGCGCGGGUUCUGGGCGUUUGAAGGACAAGACUAGAGCCGAGAACAAUGCCUUGAAUUGUAAAUGGCUAGAUGAUCUAGCUUGCCGUCUUCUGUGUGUCUUGAUUCUAGAUCGCUUUGGUGACUACAUAUCCGACAAUGUCGUCGCCCCCAUUAGAGAAACCGUGGGCCAGACACUGGGAGCGCUGCUUGCACGGCUACCUUCCAAGUCUGUCAUCUUGGUCUAUCGGUGCCUCUACCGCAUCAUUAUGCAAACAGACCUCGGCCUCGACCGUCCGGUUUGGGAGGUUUGCCAUGGUGGUAUGAUUGGACUCAGGUAUCUGGUCGCGGUGCGGAAGGACCUGCUUAUCAAGGAAUCCAGCCUAAUGGAUGGGGUGCUGGAGGCUGUUAUGAAGGGUCUAUGUGACUUUGACGAUGAUGUCCGGUCCGUGAGCGCGGCUACCCUUAUUCCCAUUACAGAAGAGCUCGUCAUCUCUCGAACCGGGACCCUUGGCACUCUAAUGAACAUAGUCUGGGACUGUCUUUCGAACCUGCAGGAUGAUCUCAGCGCUAGCACUGGGUCUGUCAUGGAUCUUCUCGCGAAACUUUGCACUUCUUCCCAGGUUCUUGAUGCCAUGAAAGCAAAUGCUGCAAGUGAUUCUGAGUCUUCCUUUGGCAAUUUAGUGCCACGCCUAUACCCCUUCCUACGACACACGAUCACUGGUGUUCGGUCCGCGGUCCUACGGGCUCUCAUGACGUUCCUGCGGUUAGAAGGCGAAGGAACAAAUGACUGGGUAGAUGGCCGGGCGGCGCGUCUGGUGUUCCAGAAUUUGCUGGUGGAGCGGAAUGAGGACGUGCUGAAGCUCUCUCUUCAAGUUUGGUCAGAAUUGCUCAAGGCUCUGGAGAAUCGCGGAUUGUUUAAAUCCCAAACCGAUCUAUUAGGAAAUAUUCAACCGCUCCUCACCUUGACCAUGAAUCCGUUUGGUGUGCCCCGUUACCCUAUACCUAUGGACGCCUCACUCUUCAUCAAGCCGUCCGGCAUGCCCUACUCUAUGAGUGCAGCCGCUCCUGCCAAAUCCUCGCCUACUACUGUAUCUGAUGCGCCCAAGGGACGCAGGGGGCGAAAAUCCGAGAAAAAGGAAGCACCGCCUCCACCUUCGGCUCACAAUGUGGAUGGGCAUAUGCUCCAGGGAGAUAUUGACUUAGUCGGCGCCGAUACCUUCGUGAGGUCAAAAAUAUACGCUGCCAGGGCGCUUGGUGAACUGCUUCACUAUUGGGACAGACAUGAACUCCCCAGCCUUUGGCAAUCCAUUCUCCAAGGUCUCAGCCUCCCUGCUUCAACUUCUCAGCUGUCUUCGGCAAUGGUGGUUGAGGAGUAUGCUAAGCUUUCUGGACCCAAUGGCAAAUACACCUCCUCUCUGUGUGCGUCCGUGCGUCCUAUCAUCGAGGGGGAGCGCCCAUCAUGGUACAGUGAUAUCGCGUGCUAUCUCCAUGUUGCUCGCGCUCAGUGUCACUCGUUGCUCAAUGCGUUCAGAGAUCAUGCGCAUGUCUCUAGACUGCCCGCCCUCGCUGUCAUAGUCCAAGGUGAUCCCGAAGCAGGGCCAAGUGCGUUUUCCCUCGCUGACGCCGAGCGAAUUGUGGGCUCUGAAUUCGAGAGGCUGAAGAAGAGCCUAACUCCGGCUCAGCGUGUCACCGCUUUGCAGGUUCUGAACGACACGCGCACAACUGCCGAAACAGCUAUAGAGGAGGCAAGGUCUGUGAGGGAGCAGAGAGACAUGCGUAUUCGGGCUGCAGCUUCAGGCGCUCUGGUCGCUUUGCACGACGUACCUAAAAAGCCAAGUCAUAUUAUAAAGGGCAUGAUGGAUAGCAUCAAGAAAGAAGAGAAUGCCGAACUUCAACAGCGCUCUGCCACUGCAAUCACUACGCUAAUCGAAUACUACACGGCUUCUGCCAAGCGCGGUCCGGUGGAUAAAGUCAUUGGGAACCUGGUAAAGUAUUGCUGCAUUGACACGUCUGAGACGCCUGAGUUCCAUCACCACGCCAGCUUGAAAAAGUCCAUUCUAUCGCUCCGCAAAGAAGAAGACCGGCGAGAUCAUCCUGAUGCAGCCAAGUUUGAGAAGGAGGCCAAAGAAGCGAGAAUCAUGCGUCGAGGUGCCAAGGAUGCUCUCGAGCAACUAGCUGUCAAGUUCGGCCCUCAGCUUCUAGAGAAGGUUCCUAACCUUGCAUCCCUAAUCGAGAGACCGUUAAGAGACGCUCUUGCUGGAGAUCUUCCAGAGAACAUCCACGAUCCUGACAAUGAACUGGGUCAAGAGAUCGUAGACGGAUUGUCCACGCUGCGCGCUCUGCUACCCAAAUUCGACCCCGGCCUUUAUCCUUGGGUCAUCAGCUUCAUGCCUAUCGUCGCCAAGGGGCUUCAAUGUGAACUUUCUGUCAUUCGGUACGCAGCGGCAAAAUGUUUUGCUACUAUCUGCAGUGUCAUAACCGUUGAGGGCAUGACAAUGUUGGUGGAGAAGGUACUGCCUACGAUUAAUAAUGCAUUAGACGUCCAUCAGCGGCAAGGAGCUGUCGAAUGCAUCUAUCAUCUCAUCCAUGUGAUGGAAGAUGGAAUUCUGCCUUAUGUUAUUUUCUUGGUCGUACCGGUCCUUGGGAGGAUGAGUGAUUCUGACAAUGACGUACGACUCCUUGCAACGACUUCAUUUGCAACCCUCGUCAAACUGGUCCCGCUUGAGGCGGGCAUUCCUGAUCCACCUGGAUUUUCGGAGGAGCUUUUGAAGGGGCGUGAUCGAGAGAGGAAAUUCAUGUCCCAGAUGUUGGAUGUCCGCAAGGUGGAACCAUUUCAGAUUCCUGUUGCAAUCAAAGCAGAGCUUAGGCCCUACCAGCAAGAGGGUGUCAACUGGCUUGCAUUCCUCAACCGCUAUAAUCUUCAUGGAAUUCUAUGUGAUGAUAUGGGUCUCGGAAAAACUCUCCAAACGAUUUGCAUUGUCGCUAGCGACCAUCAUUUGAGGGCCGAGGAAUUCGCCUCCACUCACGCGCCAGAGGCUAGGAAGCUUCCCUCUUUGAUUGUCUGCCCGCCAUCGGUUUCUGGACAUUGGCAGCAAGAGAUGAAGCAAUACGCUCCUUUCCUCUCCACCGUCGCCUAUGUCGGCCCCCCGGCGGAGCGCUCAAGGCUACAAAGUACCCUAGAGUCGGCGGAUAUUGUCAUCACGUCCUAUGACAUCUGUCGAAAUGACAAUGAUUUUCUUUCUGCGAUGAACUGGAAUUAUUGUGUACUAGAUGAGGGCCAUCUCAUCAAGAACCCAAAGGCGAAGAUUACAAUAGCUGUGAAACGUCUUAUUAGCAACCAUCGGUUGAUCCUGUCCGGAACUCCUAUCCAGAACAACGUGCUAGAACUGUGGUCACUUUUUGAUUUCCUGAUGCCUGGUUUCCUUGGUACGGAGAAGGUCUUCUUGGAUCGCUUCGCGAAGCCGAUCGCAGCAAGCCGUUUUGGAAAGUCGUCCUCCAAGGAGCAGGAAGCCGGGGCAUUGGCAAUUGAGGCGCUGCAUAAGCAGGUGCUCCCAUUCCUACUUCGGCGUUUAAAAGAGGAAGUCCUGAACGAUUUGCCACCUAAGAUUAUCCAGAACUACUACUGUGACCCGAGCGAGCUGCAGAAGAGACUGUUCGAGGACUUUACCAGGAAGGAGCAGAAGGAUCUCGCCGAGAAGAUAGGCAGUUCAGAGAAGUCAGACAAAGAGCAUAUCUUCCAGGCUCUUCAGUACAUGCGUCGUCUUUGCAAUUCGCCAGCCUUGGUGGUCAAGGAAGGACACCGACAAUUUCGAGAAGUUCAGAGUUAUCUUGCCACAAAACAUUCCUCGAUACGCGACGUGGCUCAUGCUCCCAAGCUCACUGCGCUACGUGACCUACUCCUCGAUUGUGGCAUCGGGUUUGAUCCUUCGGCACAGGGCGAACUCGAUACGGGCGCGAGCUAUGUUAGUCCUCACAGAGCCCUUAUUUUUUGCCAGAUGAAAGAGAUGUUGGACAUAGUACAGAACGAUGUUCUGAAACGACUACUUCCGUCCGUCCAGUACCUCCGUCUGGAUGGCGGUGUGGAAGCCUCUAAGCGCCAGGAUAUUGUCAACCGCUUCAACAGCGAUCCCAGCUAUGAUGUCUUGCUCUUGACUACCAGUGUCGGUGGUCUUGGACUUAACCUUACGGGUGCUGACACAGUCAUCUUCGUGGAGCACGAUUGGAAUCCGCAGAAGGAUAUACAGGCUAUGGAUCGCGCACAUCGCAUUGGGCAAAAGAGGGUUGUUAAUGUGUAUCGGUUGAUCACAAGAGGUACUCUGGAGGAGAAGAUUUUGAACCUCCAACGCUUCAAAGUCGAUGUUGCAUCCACAGUGGUCAAUCAACAGAACGCUGGUUUAGGCACCAUGGACACAGACCAGCUACUGGACCUCUUCAGUCUCGGAGAAACCGCAGAUACGGCAGAGAAGCCUGGAGACCAUCAAGUCGCCGGAAACGAAGUGGACAUGGUGGAUAUCGAUGGCGAGGUUAAAGAGAAAGGGAAGAAGGGCUGGCUGGAUGAUCUGGGCGAGCUAUGGGAUGAUAGGCAGUACCAGGAAGAGUAUAAUCUGGAUGCAUUCCUGGCGUCAAUGAAGGGUUAGCUGGAGCCGGUGGUUGCUUCUCCUUGGAAGACCGGGAUCUUCCAAGUGAUGUUCUUUAUUCUUGUACUUCUGAUUUUCAUUUAGCAGGACCAGGACCGGCGUUGAGAUGGAUUGAACUGGCUGUACGAGUAGAAGAUUAUGGGAAAACGUCCGUCGAUUCACAGAUUUCUUUAUAUUAACCUUGUAUACUUUUCUGUAUACUAUGUAGGCAACAAGGCCCUUACUUUCAUGAAUUGGAUGUUAUUUAUUUACAUGCAAGACUUGAACUCAUGAACAGCCCUGCCUAGUUGCCAGUAUUCCGAUAAUGCUUCUUGUAGAACUCGGCAGCUCCAUCCCCUGCUAUCCGUCCAAAGACAACACACUCCAGCAACGACGACCCUCCCAACCGAUUAUUCCCAUGCAAACCACCGGUGAUCUCGCCCGCAGCCCAGAGUCCCUUGAUCGGAACGCCCCUUGUGUCCAGGACCUGGCUGUGCUCGUCGAUCGCCACGCCGCCCAUGGUGAAAUGUACGACCGGCGUCACUUUGCCGAUAUACACGACCGAGUCCGCCGUUAUAUCUUUCUCCUUGUCUCCUCCUUUGCCCAGGGACCAGCUGCCAAAGGCUGGACGGCCCAGCGGAUCAGGCUUCUCGCCUGAUACGAUGUCUGCGUAGGCGCGGAUGGUCUCGAGGGCCGCAGGGCCCAGUUCGCCGAUGGUGGUCUUCUUCACCAGGCCCUUCCACUUGUAGAAGCCCAGAUGUGACGAGGUGGCUUCGGCGGUGCUUUCGUCCAGCACGAGAGUCACGUCCCAUUGUCUCGUGGCGGAACCCGUUGCUGUCGUUUCGUCCUUGGUUAAGGAUUUCGCAGAGCGCAAGACAGCAUCGGUGACUUUGUCGCGAGUAUCCAGCUCGUUCACGAACCGCUUCCCUUCCCCCGUCAGGAGAAUACCCCCUUCCCCCCUCAGCAUCUCGGCGGCGAGAAUCUUCGCCAACGCCCACGAGUCAUUGGGAUCGAUAAAUCCCGUCGGAUGCACCUGCACGCGAUCCAUAUCCAGCAGAUCCGCCCCGACCCCCGUAAGAAGCGGCUGCGAUCCCUCCCUUGCUUCGUUCGUCGUCGGAAACCCAGCCAGAUCCGGUCGAUACUGCGCCAGCAUGCCAUGCGCAUCACCCGCAAAGCCACCGCUGGCAAACACAACCGGUCCCUUCAGCGACUCCUUUUGCUUCUCUUUCCCAUCCUCCCCGACGCUCCUCUCGUACUCAACGCCCAGCACCUCAUCGCUCUCCCUCAACACCCGCGUAACUCUCGACCCAGUCCGCAGCGUAAAGUACGGACUCUUCCCCAGUAACUCCAACAAUGACCCGACAAUCGACGCCCCCGGCGGUUUCUGCCCAGGACCCCCCCGAUGCGUCCGCGGAACACUAUGCCCACCCAACUGUGCGACUUUACUCAGAUCAAUCCCCUUCUCGUCUGUAAGCCAGUAGACUGCGUCCGCAGAGGAAUUAGUAAGUGUGGAAAUGAGCCGCUCGCGCCGUGCUCGCUCCUCCGCCGCGGCACUAGCCAGCGCGCUUCCCGCUGAUUUCACCGUGUCCGAGUAAAACGCCACGUCGUUGCUGACGGGUUGGAAUCGUGUGGGCGCGCCGUUGAUGCCAGAGGAUGCUUUGAUCGAGUUCCCGCCGGGUUUGGGCGCGCGCUCGAGUAGUUGGACGGGGAUGUUAUGUGAGAUGAGCUGUGAGGCUGCUGCGAGGCCGGCUAGGCCUGAUCCCACCACUAUCACUGGUGGGGUUUGGGAGAGUAGUACCGAUGGCGUAGUCAUUGCUGUUGUUACUGUGAUUCUGUUGCUGUGACGUCUGACCUCGGAGGCUAGAUAUGCGAUGAGGACUGUCAGGAGAAGUACGAAUAGCAGGUAGCUCCGCAUUCAAUUCGACUUCAGGUUACCCCGCG